AUGUGGCUAGGACAUAGCUCUCCCAGCAUUAGUAGUAGUAGUAGUAGUAGUAGUAGUAGUAGUAGUAGUAGUAGUAGUAGUAGUAGUAGUAGUAGUAGUAGUAGUAGUAGUAGUAGUAGUAGUAGUAGUAGUAGUAGUAGUAGUAGUAGUAGUAGUAGUAGUAGUAGUAGUAGUAGUAGUAGUAGUAGUAGUAGUAGUAGUAGUAGUAGUAGUAGUAGUAGUAGUAGUAGUAGUAGUAGUAGUAGUAGUAGUAGUAGUAGUAGUAGUAGUAGUAGUAGUAGUAGUAGUAGUAGUAGUAGUAGUAGUAGUAGUAGUAGUAGUAGUAGUAGUAGUAGUAGUAGUAGUAGUAGUAGUAGUAGUAGUAGUAGUAGUAGUAGUAGUAGUAGUAGUAGUAGUAGUAGUAGUAGUAGUAGUAGUAGUAGUAGUAGUAGUAGUAGUAGUAGUAGUAGUAGUAGUAGUAGUAGUAGUAGUAGUAGUAGUAGUAGUAGUAGUAGUAGUAGUAGUAGUAGUAGUAGUAGUAGUAGUAGUAGUAGUAGUAGUAGUAGUAGUAGUAGUAGUAGUAGUAGUAGUAGUAGUAGUAGUAGUAGUAGUAGUAGUAGUAGUAGUAGUAGUAGUAGUAGUAGUAGUAGUAGUAGUAGUAGUAGUAGUAGUAGUAGUAGUAGUAGUAGUAGUAGUAGUAGUAGUAGUAGUAGUAGUAGUAGUAGUAGUAGUAGUAGUAGUAGUAGUAGUAGUAGUAGUAGUAGUAGUAGUAGUAGUAGUAGUAGUAGUAGUAGUAGUAGUAGUAGUAGUAGUAGUAGUAGUAGUAGUAGUAGUAGUAGUAGUAGUAGUAGUAGUAGUAGUAGUAGUAGUAGUAGUAGUAGUAGUAGUAGUAGUAGUAGUAGUAGUAGUAGUAGUAGUAGUAGUAGUAGUAGUAGUAGUAGUAGUAGUAGUAGUAGUAGUAGUAGUAGUAGUAGUAGUAGUAGUAGUAGUAGUAGUAGUAGUAGUAGUAGUAGUAGUAGUAGUAGUAGUAGUAGUAGUAGUAGUAGUAGUAGUAGUAGUAGUAGUAGUAGUAGUAGUAGUAGUAGUAGUAGUAGUAGUAGUAGUAGUAGUAGUAGUAGUAGUAGUAGUAGUAGUAGUAGUAGUAGUAGUAGUAGUAGUAGUAGUAGUAGUAGUAGUAGUAGUAGUAGUAGUAGUAGUAGUAGUAGUAGUAGUAGUAGUAGUAGUAGUAGUAGUAGUAGUAGUAGUAGUAGUAGUAGUAGUAGUAGUAGUAGUAGUAGUAGUAGUAGUAGUAGUAGUAGUAGUAGUAGUAGUAGUAGUAGUAGUAGUAGUAGUAGUAGUAGUAGUAGUAGUAGUAGUAGUAGUAGUAGUAGUAGUAGUAGUAGUAGUAGUAGUAGUAGUAGUAGUAGUAGUAGUAGUAGUAGUAGUAGUAGUAGUAGUAGUAGUAGUAGUAGUAGUAGUAGUAGUAGUAGUAGUAGUAGUAGUAGUAGUAGUAGUAGUAGUAGUAGUAGUAGUAGUAGUAGUAGUAGUAGUAGUAGUAGUAGUAGUAGUAGUAGUAGUAGUAGUAGUAGUAGUAGUAGUAGUAGUAGUAGUAGUAGUAGUAGUAGUAGUAGUAGUAGUAGUAGUAGUAGUAGUAGUAGUAGUAGUAGUAGUAGUAGUAGUAGUAGUAGUAGUAGUAGUAGUAGUAGUAGUAGUAGUAGUAGUAGUAGUAGUAGUAGUAGUAGUAGUAGUAGUAGUAGUAGUAGUAGUAGUAGUAGUAGUAGUAGUAGUAGUAGUAGUAGUAGUAGUAGUAGUAGUAGUAGUAGUAGUAGUAGUAGUAGUAGUAGUAGUAGUAGUAGUAGUAGUAGUAGUAGUAGUAGUAGUAGUAGUAGUAGUAGUAGUAGUAGUAGUAGUAGUAGUAGUAGUAGUAGUAGUAGUAGUAGUAGUAGUAGUAGUAGUAGUAGUAGUAGUAGUAGUAGUAGUAGUAGUAGUAGUAGUAGUAGUAGUAGUAGUAGUAGUAGUAGUAGUAGUAGUAGUAGUAGUAGUAGUAGUAGUAGUAGUAGUAGUAGUAGUAGUAGUAGUAGUAGUAGUAGUAGUAGUAGUAGUAGUAGUAGUAGUAGUAGUAGUAGUAGUAGUAGUAGUAGUAGUAGUAGUAGUAGUAGUAGUAGUAUAGAGUAUAGUAGUAGUAGUAGUAGUAGUAGUAGUAGUAGUAGUAGUAGUAGUAGUAGUAGUAGUAGUAGUAGUAGUAGUAGUAGUAGUAGUAGUAGUAGUAGUAGUAGUAGUAGUAGUAGUAGUAGUAGUAGUAGUAGUAGUAGUAGUAGUAGUAGUAGUAGUAGUAGUAGUAGUAGUAGUAGUAGUAGUAGUAGUAGUAGUAGUAGUAGUAGUAGUAGUAGUAGUAGUAGUAGUAGUAGUAGUAGUAGUAGUAGUAGUAGUAGUAGUAGUAGUAGUAGUAGUAGUAGUAGUAGUAGUAGUAGUAGUAGUAGUAGUAGUAGUAGUAGUAGUAGUAGUAGUAGUAGUAGUAGUAGUAGUAGUAGUAGUAGUAGUAGUAGUAGUAGUAGUAGUAGUAGUAGUAGUAGUAGUAGUAGUAGUAGUAGUAGUAGUAGUAGUAGUAGUAGUAGUAGUAGUAGUAGUAGUAGUAGUAGUAGUAGUAGUAGUAGUAGUAGUAGUAGUAGUAGUAGUAGUAGUAGUAGUAGUAGUAGUAGUAGUAGUAGUAGUAGUAGUAGUAGUAGUAGUAGUAGUAGUAGUAGUAGUAGUAGUAGUAGUAGUAGUAGUAGUAGUAGUAGUAGUAGUAGUAGUAGUAGUAGUAGUAGUAGUAGUAGUAGUAGUAGUAGUAGUAGUAGUAGUAGUAGUAGUAGUAGUAGUAGUAGUAGUAGUAGUAGUAGUAGUAGUAGUAGUAGUAGUAGUAGUAGUAGUAGUAGUAGUAGUAGUAGUAGUAGUAGUAGUAGUAGUAGUAGUAGUAGUAGUAGUAGUAGUAGUAGUAGUAGUAGUAGUAGUAGUAGUAGUAGUAGUAGUAGUAGUAGUAGUAGUAGUAGUAGUAGUAGUAGUAGUAGUAGUAGUAGUAGUAGUAGUAGUAGUAGUAGUAGUAGUAGUAGUAGUAGUAGUAGUAGUAGUAGUAGUAGUAGUAGUAGUAGUAUAGUAGUAAGUAGUAGUAGUAGUAGUAGUAGUAGUAGUAGUAGUAGUAGUAGUAGUAGUAGUAGUAGUAGUAGUAGUAGUAGUAGUAGUAGUAGUAGUAGUAGUAGUAGUAGUAGUAGUAGUAGUAGUAGUAGUAGUAGUAGUAGUAGUAGUAGUAGUAGUAGUAGUAGUAGUAGUAGUAGUAGUAGUAGUAGUAGUAGUAGUAGUAGUAGUAGUAGUAGUAGUAGUAGUAGUAGUAGUAGUAGUAGUAGUAGUAGUAGUAGUAGUAGUAGUAGUAGUAGUAGUAGUAGUAGUAGUAGUAGUAGUAGUAGUAGUAGUAGUAGUAGUAGUAGUAGUAGUAGUAGUAGUAGUAGUAGUAGUAGUAGUAGUAGUAGUAGUAGUAGUAGUAGUAGUAGUAGUAGUAGUAGUAGUAGUAGUAGUAGUAGUAGUAGUAGUAGUAGUAGUAGUAGUAGUAGUAGUAGUAGUAGUAGUAGUAGUAGUAGUAGUAGUAGUAGUAGUAGUAGUAGUAGUAGUAGUAGUAGUAUAGUA